AUGAAAAAAUCCAAUAACAAUAAUAAGAAAGCAUCAUCUUCAUCUUCAUCAUCUUCGGAACAAGCAGAUAGUAUUGAUAUUAUAAAAUUUCCACGUACUCAUCACUUAUUUUCAACCAAUAAAGAAGUAACUCGUGAUGAUUUAGUAAUGGAUGAAAAGGAUGCAGCUAGAGAAUUCUAUGCACCAUCACUUGGACCACAAGUAACAUUGGAAGAAAAAGUUGAUGGAUCAAAUUUGGGAAUUACAUUAGAUAUUGAAAGUUAUAAAUUAAGAUGUCAAAAUAGAUCACAUUAUGUUACUUGUCAAUCACAUGCACAAUUUAAAACAUUACAAUUAUGGUUAGAUGAACAUUCAAGUGAAUUAUUUUCAUUAUUAAGUGAUAAUAAUAAUGGAUAUAUUUUAUAUGGUGAAUGGAUGUAUGCUAAACAUUCAAUUUAUUAUGAUCAAUUACCUGAUACAUUUAUUGCAUUUGAUAUUUAUGAUAAACAUGCAGAGAAAUUUGUAUCAGUUCAAUUAAGAAAUCAAUUACUUUUAAAUCAUGCACCAACUAUUUCAAUUGUUCAACCACUUCCAAUUUUAAAUUCACCACAUUUAACAAAACAAGUUUUAUUGAAUUUAUUAGAAAAUCAAAAAUCAAUUUAUUGUUCACCCGAAUUGAAUCAACCAAUUGAAGGUGUUUAUGUUAGAGUUGAUGAAGGAAAUUAUUUAAAAACAAGAUCAAAGGUUGUUAGAUCAGAUUUUAUUCAAGCAAUUGAUACUCAUUGGUCUGGUCAAGAACUUGUUAAAAAUAGAGUUGAUUUUUCAUUAAAAUAUAAUUAA